AUGUGUUCGUUGCGCAUCCUAUACAGGUUGGGUUUAAGGGCGAGUAGAAAGCAGACCAGGAAGUCGAAGAGACCACUUAGGGAGAUCUUGCAGAACGUAGCAAGGUGUGCCAAACAAGUCGCGGCGAAGUCAGGCUCAAGCAAAUCUCUUCGGGCCACUGCACUAUUAUUCCGAGAUAAAGCCAGAGAAGUUACGGGUCUGAUAGAUUCGUGGCAGGGUCAUCAGACUGUUGCUCGCUUGCGUGACUUGGUCAGGGGAAUAAACCACUUGCACCAAGUGAACCAGCUCAGCGACCUGCUUAACGAGAUACCGGCACCAGAACUACAGAACGAGGCGAAGGAAAGCUUCCUGAACGCCAUCGGAAAAGUCUCCCGGUACGCCGAAGCUCCUAGGAUACUUCGACGGAUAGCAAAAAGGUUCCGCUCAGCACGAUAUAUGACGGCAAUCCCCGUCAAACUUCCUAAGGAUGCGUUCUGUCUCCCAUCGAACGGCGCAUACGCUCCUGACAUAGGGUCUUCCGUUGCUCGAAUUGACCAUCAAUACUCUGACCGGAAGAGGUUGAACCGGGUUUUCCAUCUUCUGGGCUACACCGAGGCGCAAUCUGCAUCCCUGUUCUCAGGACAGGUGCUCAGGACAUUACGAGAAGCUAAGAUUCAUGCGGAAAUCCAGCUAAUAAUUUACUGCGAACUGCAAAGACCGGCAUUUCCCCCCCGUGUCAUCUGCUCUAGCAAAGACGCCUGCUUCUUAUGCAGCGCGUUUAUUUCCCUGCACAAGCAAAUGCAUACGCCGAGAAGCCACGGGAGAUUGUACCCCGGUUGGCGACUGCCGUCCGUACCUCAGUUAAAAGAAUUAGAGGAACGCUUCAACAAGACACUUGAGAAUUCUAUCAAGGAGAGCCUCUCUGUGCUCUUCGCCAGGCAAAGGAAAACAACAUACCCGCCUCCCAACGAAAGCACCCUUCUCACCAUUCCCAUCUCAGAGACAACCAUAUCUGGCUUGGUGCAACUUGACUCAGGGCAGCUGUCGUGUGAAAAGAGCGUUCAGCUACACUCCCAGACGACUAAGCCACAUAAAGUGCCCGAAUCUGGGAACCCAAGUCAUGCAAGCAUUCCCUGUGGCCCAGCUUGCGAAGGCAGCACAACAUAUCUAGGAUUCUCGUCCAUAGUCAAAGGCCAGGAUCCAGACAGCAAGAUAAUAAUCAAGCGAGAGCUGUCGCAAGGCAUAGUGUUGCAUGACAGUAUCGAUCCUGGCGGGAGCUCGGCAUGUUAUAUCGCUGGGCCGAUAAAACUUACGAUAGAACACGCGACGGGGCUAGAAGGUAUAAAAUACAGUGUAGAAUGGCUCACUGCGGAAGAGAUAAAAGAUUUGCAGAGUACAGCUCAUCCGCCUUUGUCCGUGGAUUUAGGAUCCCUGGCAAGCGAACUGUCGAUACGAAAUCACAACAGUGUCUGCAUAUUGGUGAAAGGAACGGCGUUGAGGCUUGAUUGGGAGUCAAAAAGUACAUAA